AUGGCGCCAAAGGCCACUUUCGUGCCGCUAUUGGAUCAGACGCCUUUCGCAGCCAGCAGUCCACCUCGAGCAGUCGCGGCUGCAACAUCGCAUGAGCUUAUCCGCCCUGAUGGUGUGAUGAUCUAUGCAGUAGGUCAACGGCUGGACGCCAUUAUGCAGCCCCCAGCCGAGAUAGACCGCGGUGAGGGGCCAGCGGGGACCGACCAGCAGACUCAUCUCCCGCACGAAGAUUCCUCUCGAAGCCACUCUGCUGCUAGCCAUAACGUUAGUCAUGGCGUCUCCCGAAACGCUUCGACUGUCACUCUCCGAUCCCACUCAUCACAGCGGAAGCGCUCCUCUCGAGCUAAAGGCAAGUCGAGCGCAGCCAGCAGUCACCGACAUCCGAUAUGGUGUCGUCUUUGUGACGAGACUUUUUCGGAAGAUAAAGAGUUCAAGCGGCACUUCUCUCUCCAUGCCCCAGCUUAUCUGUGUCCAUUCCGCCGGUAUGGCUGCAACUUUGUCUUCAAACGCACCGACCCUCUCAGGAACCACUUGAAGAACCAUCAUGAUAUAGGCCGCGGCGCUCCUAACGAUCACAACUACGACAAGGUCGAGCGCAGACAUGCAAUAGGUUGUGUGUUGUGCGUGCGUGUGUUCAGUCGAGUACUAGACUAUGUCAACCACCAUGUGGAGCAUUGUAGGGCUGGAUUAGUGAAGGCUGACACAAACGAGGUCCUGGAGAUUGAGAGCCUCUUCAUUCAACAAGGAUUGCGCGAGCGCUGGAUACAAUCGGUCAAACGCAGCGGUUUUAGCAUUCGCGCUUUUAUCCAAUGGUGUCUGCAACAGAGUGCAGACUUACGUGAGCAGCUCGAAGGCGAGAGACUCGUGGAUGGGGUUCCCGAGCAUGUUCAGAAAGUGCGAGCCCUUCUCGAGAGCCUUCUCCAUGGAUAUAACGAGUUCUUCGAGGAGCCAACAUCUGCUGAGUACGUCGUCCGGAUGCCCACGAGCUGGGAGAAUGCUGACAAUUUCCUCGCCAUAGGUCUCAAGAUGCGUACGCUGCUUCUCGCGUUACCGGCGAGCGCUUCAAUGUCCAAUUCCGAGGUGUCGAGCAACACAUCCAGCCAAUUGAUAAUGCACCGUGGACUUCCUCGACUGUUCUUGUAG